GUCCGUGUCCCCCCCGCCGCCUCUCCCAGGCUGCCCCGCGGCGGUUCGGCGGGGCCAUGGCGCCGCUGACAGACUUUUACCAACUGACCAUGGCCUACGGGCACUGGCGGGCCGGGCGGCAUCGCCUCCCCGCCGCCGCCGAGCUCUUCUUUCGCCGCGGCCCCUUCCGCGGAGCCUUCGCGCUGGGGGCCGGCCUGGCCGAAGGGCUGCGCUGCCUUCGCGCGUUCCGCUUCUCCGCCGCCGACGUCGCCUACCUGCGCUCCGUCCUGCCCAGCACCACGGAGGACGCCUUCUUUGAUUACCUGGCCACCCUGGAUGCCUCGGAGGUGACCGUCUCUGCCGUGCCGGAGGGCUCUGUCGUCUUCGCCAGGGUGCCGUUCCUGCAGGUGAAGGGGCCGCUGCUGGUGGUGCAGCUGCUGGAGACCAUGUUGCUGUGCCUGGUCAACUACGCCAGCCUGGUGGCCACGAACGCCGCCCGCUUCCGACUCCUUGCCGGUCCGGAUAUGAAGCUGAUGGAGAUCGGGCUCCGUCGCGCUCAGGGGCCGGACGGUGCCCUUUCGGCCUCCAAGUACUCCUACAUUGGGGGCUUCGACUGCACCAGCAACGUCCUGGCGGGGAAGCUCUACGGCAUCCCGGUACGCGGCACCAUCGCCCACUCCUUCAUUAUGUCCUUCACCUCGCUGGAGGAGGUGCAGCCCCGGGAGCUGCUGCCGCUGGCAGGAGGAGAGCCGGUGGAUCUCCCGGCCCUGGCCAAGUCGUUGCUGCAGUGGGUGUGCGAGCUGCUGCAGACCCCCCCUGAGAAAACGAACCGGGGCGAGCUGGCCGCCUUCGUGUCCUAUGCCAUCUCCUUCCCGCAUGACUUCCAGGGGCUGCUGGACACGUACUGCGUCAGGAGGAGCGGCUUGCCGAACUUCUGCGCCGUGGCGCUCGCCCUGCACCAACUGGGGUACCGGGCCAUCGGGGUACGCCUGGACAGCGGGGACCUGGCCCAGCAGUCCAAGGAGAUCCGCCGAGUGCUCCGAGCCUGCGGUGCUCACUUCCAGGUGCCCUGGUUUGAGACCAUCCCCAUCGCCGUCAGCAACGACAUCAGUGAGCAGAGCCUGGAGGAGUUCAGCCGGGAGGGGAGCGAGAUCGAUAUGAUCGGCGUCGGGACGAACCUGGUGACAUGUCCCCUGCAGCCAUCGCUGGGCUGUGUUUACAAGCUGGUGGAGGUCAAUGGCUCCCCAUGCAUGAAGCUCACAGAAGAUGAGGAGAAGAUGACGAUCCCAGGGAUUAAGACAAUCUAUCGGCUCUAUGAUGCUGCUGGUCACCCCUUUAUGGACCUCAUGGCCCUGGAGGAGGAGCCCUCGCCCAGCGCAGGACAGGAGCUGGUGAUCCGUGUCCUGGGGCGGCUUGGUGAGACCAGCAAGGUUGUACCUACCACUGUGGAGCCCCUCCAUCGCACGUACUUCAGAGAUGGCCAGGUGUGUGAGCCGCUGCCCAGCUUGCCAGAAGUGAGGAGCCAUGCGCAGGUGUCCCUCAGCCUGCUCAGCCCUGCUCACCGCCGACUCCAUGAGCCACAGCCCUACCCGGUGGCCAUGACGGAGAGGCUGCACAACCUCCUCACCGAGCUGCGGCAGGCCACCCAGUGAGGUGGUCCCCGUUGCCCCCCGCACUGCGCGCUAGCCCACACUGGGCACAGCCCUGCUUGGGGCCACCUCUUCUUCACGCGCUCUUUUGAAGACCAAGUGACUAAUUGGGAAUUAAUGGUUCUAAUGACGUUGCUGCUGCGUGGUGCUAAUCCGAGGACCCUGCAGGAACUGGAAGAGCACCCUGCGGUCCCAGUAGCAAAGCUGGGCACAGAGGGAUGGGGCAGGCAGAGCUGGGAGGCAGCUGUCCCCGCGUCCUCUGGAAGCAACGGUCCUUCCCUGUCCGCCUCGGUGGCCCUGCCAACCCUGUGCCUUCUCUGCUGUGCAGCACUGCCUGCCUCAGUGGCCCUGCCAGCCCUGCACCUUCACUGGUGGCAGCCCAUGCUGAAGCUCCUCGGUGGCACUAGAGACCAAGUCUUGAAUGCACAAGAAGGUGCCUACCGUGGAGCCUAUCCCUCAACCCACGUCCUGUGGGACAUCUGUGGCAGAUGGACUUUGUCCUUCCUAGUCUAGGCUUUGGCUCUCUGGCCACGUUUCAUCUCUUUCUAUUUUGUAUGCAUUCCCUGGGGCACGGAGGCUGGCUCCAGGCUGAUGCCUAUGCUCUCUAACCUGAUGUUCAUAGAAGCAGCGUGGCACUAAUCCCCACAACUAGCUUCAUCCUAAGCAAAAAAAACCCCACAAAAUAAAGGCCUUUAGCCACUA